ACACACACACACACACAGACCCACACACAUACACACACCCAAACACACACAUGCAUACCCUCCAAUGUAGACGAGCAGCCAUUCAUGUUGUUGGAUUAUUGUUGUCGUUGCUUUGGAAUCACACUGAAACGCCAUGGACCCUUAUCCCUCAAAACGACCCCUGGCGACACUUGGGUUGUUCUCCAGAACCUUCUCAUGUGCAUGGUGUCAUUCUACUCCCUCUACUACAUCGCUGUCAGUCUCUGCAUUGGCCUGCUCAGGGUUCAUGAGAUCGACAGCUUGUUGGCUCCGUUUGAUUACACAACACAACCAUCAUGGCAGAACCCCAAAUACCUGGUCAGUGUUAUUUCCAUGGAGGUCACCUAUAUCCUGGCCGGUCUGGUGUUUGCCUGGAUUGUAGAGGAGUGGGUAUGGGACUACGCCAUAACGGUCACACUAGUGCACAUCGCUAUGACCGUAGCAGUGAUGUCAGACUUCCCUUCUUCUGCCGAACACUGGUGGAUCGCCCUAGGUUCAGGCUUGGUGAUGAUGAUAUUUGGGGGACAGCUCCUAGCAUACCGACUCUUCAGAAGUAACUUUGUUCAUCCAGAAGAGCUGCUAAACUUUUAAUCUGUGAAAGAUAUUCAUGGACAAUAAAAAAUAAGUUUUUAAUUAAUAUCUCAUUCACUGCAGGAAUUGGUUGACAUUAAUUCAGAAUUGUCUGCUAACCAACCGAGUAAGACUUUGCAGGUAAAGUCAAGAACUGUACGUUUUGUAAACAAGGUUUAGUCUCACGAGUCAUGUCUUACUGUUAUGUACAUAUUAUGUAGAUACAGAUCAAAGAGAGUUGUUCAACCAAACUGUACAGCUUAAAAUAUUAUUUUGUAUAUUUUGUAUUCAAAUAUUACUGACUAGUUCUCAAUUGACAGCUCAAACAUUGCACAAUACCUUUCACAAAAACUUCAUAAACUAUUGCUUAAUAUCUUAAUUCCUAUUCUGUCUGAUUAAUAGUCUAGGCAAUGAAUGCAAAAACAAUAUAAUACAAAAUGAAUUUAUUUUCCAAUCCACAACAGUAUUGAGUUUAUCUACAUCAAUUUUCUGUAUUUGGCAAAAUUAGGAAUACAUUAUCAUGUAUGUUAAACUUGGAUGGUUUGUGUUAUUGUUUACUGUAAAGGUUAUAUUAUAUCAGUACAAAAAAUGUUGCAGAUUAAAUACUUCGAGCAAUA